UUUGUGGCGUCUCUACCCUAAAGCUUGCCAAUAUGUUUCUCAGCGGCAUUGUGCCUUUAGUACUAUUAAUAGUUCAUUCAUUGGAAGCAUCGCCUGUUGAGCCUUUAGCACCGAUCAUUGGAGGAUCUAAUGUUGAGGGCAAGAAGGUACCAUAUCUAGUUAGCAUAACAGUAAACUCUAAACCGUUUUGUGGAGGUUCCAUCAUAGCGGAUCGUUGGAUAUUGACUGCAGCACACUGUUUUAGCGGGAAUAUGGUGAAAAAUGCAGCUGUUCGUGUUGAGACCAAUAAUUUUACUGCGAGUGGAACUUUAUACCGCAUCGAUCGUGCUAUAGCUCAUGAAACAUUUUUUCCGGGCGCAUUUCGUGACGAUGCUGGACUGCUUCGUUUGAGGAGCCCUCUGAAGUUUGGAGAGCGUGUUAAGAAGAUCGAAUUAUUGUUGCAGAUUGUUCCGAAUAAUGCCACACUGACACUUGUCGGUAGGGGUUCUAUUAGUCAAGAUCGCAAAAAAACCAAAAAUAACUCAAAUUAUCAAAGCUAAAAACAUUGCCUUGAAGCUUUGUCGCAAGAUGCAACCAGAUGCUAUUUACCCUGGACAUUUGUGUACAUUUGCUAAAAAAGGCAAAGGCG